AUGGAGACCUACUCCUCCUCGCUGGACGUGAACGAGUUCGCCCUCACCGUGCUCCAGGCGCUCGCUUCUGGGCCCCCGCGCAGCGCUUCGGGCGCCUGGAGGGCCAGGAGGGAUACCCUGGCCGCAGGGGGCGUGGACACGCUUAUGCGGAUCGCACGCUCAUAUGCAGGAUCCGUGGCGGUCGCCGCCUGCGCUUGGCCGGUCGCCGCGGCGCUGGCACGGGAGGCCGAGGCCGAGCCCGAGCCGGUCCAGGAGGAAGAUGGAGCCGCCGCGCAGGGCGACGGGGCCCCGGCGCCGUCGCGGGAGGUGGGUGGCGAGAUGGGCAAGUUGUUGGCCUCGGGGGGCGUUGCGCUGCUGCUCGAGGCGCUCAGGACGCACGCGGGAGCCCUCCGAGUCCAGGUCGCCUGUUUCGAGGCGUUGGAGCAGCUGGCCUCUGCCAGCAUUGCGUGCAGGGCCGAGGUUGUCGCCCUUGAUGGGGUCGCCACCCUGGCGGCGAACAUGAGGCUCCACACCUCCGCGGUUGUGCAGUCCUCGGGGCUGUCCCUCCUGCGGGAGUUGGCCUGCAAGGACGCCACGGUGCGUGCUGCCGCAGUGGCGGACGGCUGCGUGGCACUUGUCGCUGGGGCGAUGCGGAACCACCCUCGCAGCGCCAAGGCGCAGGAGGCAGGCUGCUGCCUGCUGACGGCGUUCUCAGCCGAGGGCCCCCGCGAGUGCGCGCAGGUGGCAGCCCACGGCGGCGUUGCGCUGGUGCUGGCCGCCAUGGCGGGGUUGCCCGAUGUGCCGCGGGUGCAGCUGGCGGGCGUGCAGUGCCUGCAGGGCCUCGUUGGGACCGGCGCUGAGCUCUGCGCCGAGAUCGAGGAGCUCGGUGGCAUCCAGGAGGUCGUGCGGGCGCUGCGGGGCAAGGAGGCAGAGCUCGAGUUGCGGGCCGCGGGACUCGUGGUGCUGGCGGAGCUGGCGGCCGCAGGGCCAGCGAGCCAGGAGGCGAUCUCCGUUGCCGGGGGCGUGGAGGCCAUCGUGGUUUCCAUGAAGGCCCACCCGAAGGAGGCGCGACUGCAGGCGAACGCCGCCGUCGCGCUCCGGGCCCUGGCCAGAGGAAACCAGGACCUCGUGGCGAAGAUCGUUGAGCAGAAGGGGCUGCAGGCGAUGCUCAACGCCAUGCACAAGCUGCCAUCGAGCGUGGACGUGCAGGAGAAAGGCUGCACGGUGCUGAGAUUCCUGGCUUGCGACAGCGAGACGGUGCCCAGGCAGAUCUCUGCCAACGGCGGGCCGCAGAUCGUCGUCGCAGCGAUGAAGCAGCAUAGGACGGCCCUUGGACUGCAGGCGCAGGCCUUCGCGGCGCUGUCCAACCUGGCCUGGGACAAGCGCGACACGCAGACACGUAUCGUUAGUCUCGGCGGCCUGACGCUCGCGAUGGAGACCAUGAAGGCACACAUCGCCGACGUGCCCGUGCAGGCGUUCGGCUGCUGCCUGCUCCACAGCUUGGCGUGCGACCACCAGGAGAACCGCCAGGAGAUCCUGAACCAGGGUGGGGUCGAGGUUGUGCUCGAGGCGAUGCGUGCCCACCGUGGACAAGCCAAGGUGCAGACCUGGGGCUGCGCUGCGCUGCAGAGCCUGUGCGUGGAGGACAUUCAGGUCCAGGACAUACUCGACGAACAUCAAGUCCAGCCGCUGGUGGAAGAGGCCAUGAAGGCGUUCCCUAUGUCCAUCAAGCUGCAGGAGUUCGGCGGGAGCCUCCUCGACAUUCUCGAAAUGGAGGAUGCGCCAGAGGAGACGGACUCGGGCUCUGAGGGCUCCAGCCCCUGA